CCUAAUUUUCUUUCUUAACCAAACAAACAAACAAACAAACAAAAACUCUUUCCCCCGAGAAAUCUUCUAGUUCAUUAUCAAGCGUGCUGAGGAAAAGGAAAUAAAAUGGACACUCGAGGAACUGGACCAAACCUCUGAGGCAGUUGGAUACGGUGCGGUGAAGUAUGCUGACCUGAAGAACAAUAGAUCCACAAGUUAUGCUUUCAACUAUGAUCUAAUGCUUAGUGACAAGGGGAAUACAGCUGCCUACCUUCUCUACACCUAUACUCGGAUCCACUCAAUCAUCAGAAUGUCUGGCAAAGACAUAGAUGAGCUGAAAAAGACAGGUAAGAUAGCAUUGGAUCUUGCAGACGAACGGGCACUGGGUCUUGGCCUGGUUCAAUUUCCUGAGACUGCUGAGGAAGCGUGCACCAAAUUAUUGCCCAACUUGCUGUGCGAGUACCUCUACAACUUAUCUGAACUGUGCACCAAAUUCUACACCAGUUGCAAGGUCAAUGGUUCAGUUGAGGAGACAAGCCGUCUCCUCCUUUGUGAAGCAACGGCCACAGUCAUGGUGAAAUGCUUCCACCUUCUUGGAAUCACCCCUGUUUACAAGAUGUGACUACACUCAAAUCGGCAAAUGAAACCGAACCCAAUACGGCAGAAGGUUUUUAUGUGCUGACAAUUAUAUAGGGGAUAUAUUUAUAUUAUAAGUUACUAGGGACUGAGAGUGUCAUAUUCUUCAUCCAUUAUCCACCAGUUUCUCUCUCGUAUCGUUUUGGUGGUUGUGUUUUUAUUAGCUUAUUACUCUAUUAAACUUGUCAAGAUCUUUCCUAGUCUAGAUUGUGAUUUAUAUUUCUUCCGGGCUUAAAAUUUCCAACCUUAUUGGAA